GUGAGAAAAUCGAAUGUUUUUAUUUCUCUGUCUCUCUUUCUUUAUGUUUAUAUUCAUUGAGUUCUUGAUUCAAGGAAAACCAAGAAUUGGUUUCUUGGUAGUUGGAAUUCUGGAUUGCUCGAAAAGGAGCUUCUUCAAGUGAUUAUAGCAGAAGAACUUACAGAAUUGGGAUGUUCUGGACAACAGAAAGAAGGUUGAUGUUCAGUUAAUUGAGACUCUAAAUUCUCAACAAAUGCGGAAUACUACCCGUGUAUUUGUGCAUACGGAUAGAGAUUUUUUAAAAUCUGAACCUGUGUUUGAUUUGCGCAAGAGUUUGGCAUGGGAUAGUGCCUUUUCUAAUAGUCCAGGUUUGAUAUAUGGGUUGAAGAAACAUGCUCAGCAGGUGCAAUGUGCCAAUUUCUGUUCUUCCUUCAAAUUUUCCGUAGAUUUUAACUUUAUUUAUCUGUUCUGCACUUGCUCAGGAGUUCUUGAUCCAGAAGAGUUGUUUGAGACUCUUAAUCUUGAAAUAGCGGAUAAUGGAGUAGAUAUGACUGGGCACAGGAGACCAAUUUCUUUACCUUCUGAAUCCAUGGCAUCAGCAAGAACAAGUGGAAUCAGUAGCUUGCGCAAAAGCUUAGCUUGGGAUAGUGCCUUUUUUACAAGUGCAGGUGUCCUGGAUGCUGAGGAGUUAUCUGUCAUAAAUAGAGGAUUCAGAAGUCCUGAACUGGCGUUGCAUCCUGGGGUUAAAGAGGAGAUCUUGAGGUCUGCUGAAUCAAACUCUUUAGUAAAUAGUGAUGGUUAUUCACUUGGAAGCCUUGAAAUUGAUCUUCCUGAUGAUAUAAGAGCAUCUAUGCGCAAGUCACGUAAUGCUUCAUCCAAUGGGGCAAGUUCAGCUUGCAAGCUGAAAAGAGAAAAAGGAAGGGAAAAGAGCCAUGUUUCAAGAAUAUUGGAUGCUUCAUCUCAAGUAAGAAAUGCUGCUUCAAGUGGAGGAUCCAAUCCUUUGUCAUCUCGUAAGCCACCAAAGAUAUCCAGCCGUGCUAACCCUUCGCCAAUACUUCCCAGUAAAAGGGCUUCUUUGAGUGCAAGUCUUAGUAAAAUGGAUAAUAAAGCUACUAAAUCUGCUGAUGGGAAACAUAUGGCCAUAUCAAAGAAAAUGCGUUUGCGGGAGUCCUGCAGUAGCAUUUCUAGUUCAAUGCCAUCUGCGAAUUCUCCUUCUGCAGUUUUUCCUGCUGCCCCAGAAGAAUUUGCAAGAUUUUGUAAUGCUUCAGCUGAUUUCACUCGUAAAUCUCCAUCAACUCCUCUAAGGCGAACCGCCAAUUUCAGCUUGGCUGCUUCUGAUUCAAGGUUUCGAACUCCUUUGAAGUACUCGGUUGGAAACAAAAGUGAGUUGGUGAGUUCUAGCGACUCUAUUCAUUUACUAACCACACCCAAGUCCUCCAUUUAUACAUCUCCUGCCAGUUCCAUUGAUGGCUGGUCCUCAGAAUCAUCGUCAUCAUCUGUCAAGCAGAGCUCAAAUAGUUCUGUUGCCAGUCCCGUAAAUACUCCAUUCAGAGAGAUUCUUGAAAGGCAUCAUUAUGGUCGACCCUGUUUGGGGCAUGAAAUUUGGGAAACCAGGAUCAAGAAUCCACAGAACAACGAUAUCUUAGCGUGUAGCAGUCCUGCUCCUGGCAAUGUUUCAAGAAAACUGAGACCUUCAGGUCUUCGAAUGCCGUCGCCAAAAAUAGGAUAUUUUGAUGCAGAAAAUUCUACAGGUUUAGCACAAAAUGGAGGUCUGAAAUUUCACUCUGGUGGACAGGGUACUUCUUCCAAAACUGAAAGUGGUGUUAGCAAAGCCAAUUUAUCAGCAAAUAGAAUGAGAUACAGCAAGCAUCCGUCGGCAGGAACCAUAACAGGACCUGUGAGUAAAUCAGGCAUGAAGAACGAGGGAAAGAUCUGCUUAAGGGAGAAGAGGCAGCCCUUAAAAGAGCACAGAGUCCUCAGGGCAUACCUACUUGGUGCAUGUAACAAAGAAAACAUUGUCAGUUUUGAGAAUCAAGUUGAUGAUCUAAGUCAACGUAUGGGAGCCAUUGGUUUUAGCAGGGACUUGCCUGCUGGGAGGGUUCUUCAUAUUUUGCCAUUUUUAGAAUAAUCUCAAGUUUGCUGAAUUGGUAUAUACUCGUCCUUGGUGUAUGAACUCGUUUUAAAGUAUGGCGAUUACUGAAAGUUUUGUGAUGUGAAUCUUUUCUU